AAUUAAAGCCUGCGAGACAAGAUGAUUAUUCCAAUCCGUUGUUUUACCUGCGGCAAGGUCAUUGGCAACAAGUGGGAGUCGUACUUGGGCCUGCUCCAGGCGGAAUACACGGAAGGAGAUGCCCUCGAUGCCUUGGGUCUGAAGAGGUACUGCUGCCGUCGCAUGCUCCUGGGACACGUGGAUCUCAUCGAGAAACUGCUCAACUACGCACCGCUGGAGAAGUAAUCCGAAUAAUGGCACAUCCACAUUGGACUUGGGAAUAAAAACUCUAGAUUUUAUUGUAAAAUUACAAAUUAAAGCUUGACGAAUAGCCCUAGAA